AUCUGACUCAUCCAAGAAGAAACAUACACAAAGUUUAAUCAUGUCAGUGAUUCAAAUGACAACUGAACAGCUUCAACAACUGAUUGAAGGAGUUCGAGCUGCAGCUGUAGCUGCCAAUCCAACAGCAGCCGCACCAGUAGCUGUAAAGUCAAAGGGAAGCUUUUCCAAUUGCAGCUCUCGUUUUGGUGGACAACGAGAUCAUGAUGCUGUCGAACAAUUUAUAACCUCAAUGGAGACCUACAAAGAAGUAGAACAUAUCAGUGAUGAAGAUGCAUUACGUGGUAUUUCCUUACUAUUUUACGGCCUUGCAUCGACAUGGUGGCAAGGUGUCAAAAGAGAGGCAAAAACCUGGAAUGAUGCCGUUGAACUUAUUCGUAGCCAUUUCUCACCAACCAAACCUCCAUACCAAGUCUACAUGGAGAUCUUCCAGUCUAACCAAAAUGAAUCUACCGCUAUUGACACAUUUGUAUGCCAAAAAAGAGCUUUGUUAGCACAAUUGCCUGAAGGGCGUCAUAAUGAAGAGACUGAAAUUGAUUUAAUUUAUGGACUAUUGAAUGUUAAAUAUCGCAAACAUAUUGCUCGUCAUGAUGUCAAGACAUUCCGAGAUCUGUUGGAGAAGGGUAGAGUAAUUGAGCACAAUAACACCGAAGCAAGUGGACGUAAAGAUUAAACAGGUACUAUGGAAGGAACUCGGUACAUACAUGGAUUACGGGAAGUAAAAAAGCAUUGUUAUCAAGCAAGAGAAUAAUGGUAACACUGCAGAAAGUAGAAGUCAGCUUAAAGAAGACCAAGUAAGAUAAAAAAAAACUUCGCAAAUGCUGAACAUCUAAAUUUUCAGUAACUUUUCAAUCUAGUGGCUUGGACAGAGAAAUAGUCCAAAG